AUACAGAACAAAGGAUCAGUUCUGAUCAUUCCCACCCAAAACGGCAGAACUGAUUAAUUAGACGAUCAAUCAGUUCAACAAUGGAAGAAAUGAUGCAGUACUCGCUUCUGGGGGGUUUCUUUCUUCUUCUUGCUGUUACCCUGCUGCAAAAAGCAAGAAAGCACCGCAUGAAGCUCCCUCCAAGCCCACCAGGUCGCCUAAUUUUAGGCCAUCUUCCUCUCCUCAAACAGCCCAAGGCCAUCCACCGAACUCUCCACGACAUCUCACAAAAAUAUGGCCCAAUUGUCACCCUUAAGUUUGGGUUCCGAACUGUGAUCAUCGUAUCAUCACCAGCUGCCGUAGAAGAAUGUUUCACCAAGAACGAUAUUACCUUGGCCAACCGCCCCCCCUUUCUAAAUGGCAAGGUCCUGAAUUACAACUUUACCACCCUUGCCGCAGCUCCAUAUGGUGAUCAUUGGCGCAACCUUCGCCGGCUUACUGCUAUUGAAGUCUUCUCAGCAAGCCGCCUCAACACGUUCGCAAGCAUCCGAAGAGAAGAAGUAAAGAAUUUACUUCGUAAAAUUCAUAAACUUUGUGGUGAUGGUUCGGCCGUGAUAGAGCUGAGGACAAUGUUGUUGGACCUUAACUUUAAUGUAAUGAUGAGAAUGGUUGCAGGGAAGAAGUAUUAUGGCGAAGAUGUUGACGGGCUUGAAGAGUCAAAGAGGUUUAAGGACAUGAUGCACGAGUUUUCUGAAUGUACUAGGGUGACAAAUCUGGGGGAUUUGUUUCCCAUUUUGCAGUGCAUUGAUUAUGAUGGAUUUAAGAACAGGAUGACUCAGCUAGGUAAGAGGAUGGACGCUUUCUGGCAAGGACUUAUUGAUGAGCAUAGAGUUGAUAAGACUAGGAAUACCAUGGUAAGCCAUCUGCUCGCUUUGCAGGAAUCGGAACCUGAAUACUAUACCGACGAAAUCAUCAAAGGCAUUAUUCUGAUGAUGUUGGUUGCAGGGACAAAAACCUCUGCUUUGUCUUUAGAAUGGGCAUUUUCCAACCUGCUGAAUAAUCCACAUGCAUUAAAGAAAGCAGUAGACGAAGUGGACACCCAAGUUGGAGAAGGCCGUUUGGCAGAUGAACCAGAUUUCGCUAAUCUACAUUACAUUCAAUGUAUCAUCCAUGAAAACUUGAGACUGUGCCCACCAGCUCCGCUCUUGGUUCCACAUGUGGCAUCCGAGCGCUGCACCCUUGGAGGCUAUGAUAUUCCAUCAGGUGCCAUGGUACUUGUAAAUGCAUGGUCCAUUCAUAGAAAUCCAAACGUGUGGGAUGAUCCUUUAAGUUUUAAGCCUGAAAGAUUUGAAAAUGGGAAAGGUGAACCAUACAGGCUACUGCCAUUUGGGCUGGGAAGGAGAGGUUGUCCUGGAGAAGCUAUGGCAUUCAGAGUGAUAAACUUGGUUAUGAGCCAAUUGCUUCAAUGUUUUGAGUUCUCCACUGUUGAUGGAAAGGAAGUCGAUAUGACAGAAACGGCUGCAACACUCAUGUUGAAGAUUACCCCUUUGCAUCUCGUGUGUAAAGCUCGCCCAAACACUCACAACCUCCUCGCUUAAGCUGUCCGCCCUUCAAGGUAGAAAGAAUGCAAAACCCUUUUCAUCGUCUUAAUUUAGUGAUUCCAUUGAGGAAAUAAAUAAUUGUGUAAGGACAAUAAUUAUUGUGUUAUUAAUUCAUACUCCUUAAUAUAUCUACUUUCUGUAUUUUAUAAUUCCUAGAAAAUUCCAAUUUCAAAUGAUGUACUACUAUAUCCAAUUCCAACCUUUGAGAGUUGGUGAAGAAAAAUCAAGAAAAACAUCUUGACUGUAUACAGUUAAUGAAAUUUAAGUGGGUUUUUGGCAA